UCAUCUUGGUUAGUAAUGAAUUUGAGUGAUUAGUCAAUUUACACAUGUGUAAGUAAUCUAAGUUAAUGAUUAGUGAUUAUGAUGUUUACACAAACUGCUACUAAUGCAUAUUACUUAACAAUGUGGUUUAAAAUAGUUUCGCGUAUAAUUUGAAAUAGGAGGCAAAAAGAGGAAAACAAAAGAAGCGAUUACAAAGAAGGCAACAAAUCAAAAAAAUAAAAAGACUACUGAAGCGGUUACAAAGAAAGCGAAGACUACGAAAAACACCGGAUCCACCAAGAGGAAACUGCAAAAAAAUGUUAGGGACCCUUUGCUUUUCAGCAUAAGAACAAGAUCAUCCCCAAGAAAGAUGUAUGAAUGUGUACAUUCUUUGACUGAAAGACAAAGGAAGAUAGUCUGCAACAUGGGAUUUGGCAAAAUACUGUCAUUAAAGAUUUGAUACAAUCCCAGGAAAGUUGGCAUACUUUGUGGUUGACUAUUUCGAUCCAAACACAAUAGAAAUAAAAUUUGGAAGGAUAGUUAUCAAAGUAGAUGAAGAAGCUAUACACUAGCUGCUAGGUCUUCCAAAUGGUGGGUUCGAUUUGCCAGCCCUUACCCCACCCAAAGAGAACACGACACUUGGAAGAGCUUACAAAAAAGGCAUGAUAACAAGUUGACAAUCAAAGCAAAAAAAAUUGUCGAAAAGAUAUCUUUCGGAGAAGAUAAGGAGGGUUUUAUGUUCAAGCUUGAUUUCAUUGUUUUGUUCGUCAACACAAUGGUCGAAUGCCAUCUUAACAGAUUAUGCAAAGCUGGAAUGUUGACUUACUGAAUGAAGAUAUGGACUUCUCAAAGAUAGAUUGGUGCAAAUAUAUUGUACACAUUAUCAAAAGAUGUAAAAAGGUGUGGGUACCAAGGGACAUUUCUUCGUACUUUCGCGGCGCACCAACUAUUUUUACGCUCUUAUAUGUAGAUAGUGUGACAUGUAAAGGAAUUAAUGAAGAGCGAACAGUUUUAGCACUGGAAUAUUGGACAUCGCAAAGGCUGCAGCUGAGAGAAGACAUGGAGAUUGAACAAGGGGGGUUUGGAAGAGGAGAUUUCAGGGGGUUAUUUGUUGCUGAAGAAAGUACUAAUGCUGAGGCAAGUGAAGAAACCAACUCCGAGAAAACAGAAAGUGAAGAAACUGAAGAAAGUGGACCAGGUUUGACAGAUCCAAACAGCUUGUAGGUAUUUGACACAACUAGGUGAUAAAUGAAAUGUACAUUUUGCUGUUUAAAGUUGUAGUGUCAGAUAAUCAGGUGUGCUGAAAUCUCUGAUUAUUUAAGGCACUUAACAGAUUAAAUGACCGGAAUUAGA